AUGACUGACCUACUUAAUCCCCCCAUUAUACAAAACAAAUACUACUACUCGUAUAAGAGCACAAGAGAGUCUAUGUCUUCUCUAGGGUUUUAUCAGUCGCUUAUGAUGAGUGAAAGCAAAGAAAAUCCUAAAGUUCUUGUGGUCGGGGCUGGCUCGAUGGGUACCGUCGUUGGUUACUACCUGAGCCUCGCUGGCGCUCAGGUAACCUUUCUGGUCCGACCACAUCGAGCGGAGCAGAUGACUCGCCCGCAGCGUCUUUAUUGCUACGACGACAACAGCCUCACGGAAUUCCGGAAUUUUACAUAUAUUGUUGAACCAGCAAAGUUGGUACAUCGUGCGUACGACUUCAUUGUCGUCACACUUGACGGCGCUACGCUGAAGACCGAGACCGGCCAGGACCUGGUCAGGAUUCUUGGUGAGACUGCCCGUCAAACUGACACGAAAGUUAUAUUGGGAAGCGUCUCAGUCGGGAUAUUGAGCUGGUUUCUCAACUUGUCUGGCCUCCGCCCGGACCAGGUUAUCAAUGGCUUGUUUACUGUUGUUGCAUUUCCCACUACCGCAACUCCUAUUGUCGAGUCAUCCAAAGAUGAUUCCGCAAUUGAAGGGAUCACCGAGGCUGAUCAGGCUUACUGCGACCGUUUCGGAUACGGUAUGCUGGUGGAUGAUGCCGCUCCCGCGGUGGCCGAUGCAUUCGCGGAGCUUUACAAUGCCAGCGGGAAGUCUCGCUGUGUUAUUCGAACCGUACAAGACCUUCAACUCUUCAUCAACCCGAUUUUCGUCGCUCUUCUGGCUUUCGAUCUUCUGCAGUGGCCAAAAAUGAAGGACCUCGACACACAAGGCGAAGUGUGGAAGCUCGCGACCAAAGGUACACAAGAGGUGCAAAAACUACGUGUUCACGGUGACGCCGGCCAGCAGGCAGCGAGUAUUCUCACUGGCACUGGCCUCGCGGAGAUGCAUUAUCAAGCCGAGGAUGUCCUCCCCUUCGACUACCAAGUUUUUAAUCGAUAUCAUCACGGAGAAAAGGUUAAUGCACAGGAUGUUAAACACUUAGAGGAGUGCGUUCGACUCGGCGAAGCCGAGCAACUCACAAUGUCUAAUGUAAAGGAGCUACUUCGGCGCUUUACAGUUCGAAGUCAGAAUUAG